UUGUCGUGGCUUUUAGACAAAGAUAUCUCAUUACAGAUGUACAGAGCCACAUGGUCUCUUAAUCUUCUUCUUCUUCCUUCAUCCUCUUUCCACCGCUUCUUCUUCCUCCCCAUCUCUUUCCCGGAAAUUUUCAAACCUCUUUCCCGAGAAAAUUUCGUUUCAAAAGACACAGCUCGGGAAAUUGCCAUUUCUUUUGCGAUUAAGGAUCUCGAUUCAAAGAGGUAGACACAUUUCGUGUUCUCUCUGUAAUCCAAAUUAUAAACUUAUUAUUGUAGUAUAUCUCCUUUCUUUUGGGUAUCCACUGUUCCAUUGCCAGACCUGUGAAAUUAGCUGUCUUUAGUUUCUUUACCGAAGCUCACAUGAAAUUCGACAUAGAGAAUCUCAUGUGCGGUUUCAAGUAGUAAUCUUUGGUAAAGGGUAUCUUGAUUUCUACAGCUUUCCGCUUGAUUCAAUAGUUGCUGAUUCUCUUCCUUCUCAAUAUUUUGGAAUCUUCUCUUGUUCUUCUGAGAAAUUUCCAUGGAGAAGCUAAAGGGAAAGUUAGAACCCGAAACAAGCCAAAGUCAAGUGGAUGGUUUUAAGCAGGGAGAUUCCAAGGUUGAAUCUGUAGAUUUCGUUUCAAAGGCACAAGGAUUGAAGGAAGAAGGUAACAAGAUGUUUCAGAAGAGAGAUUAUGAUGGUGCAAUGCUUAAAUAUGGAGAAGCAAUCAAAAUACUUCCCAAGGAUCAUGUAGAGGUUUCUCAUAUUCGGGCUAAUAUGGCUUCAUGUUAUAUGCAAUCGGAUCCGGGAGAGUAUGAAAAAGCAAUCCAUGAGUGCGAUUUAGCUCUUAGUAUCACACCUGACCAUACCAAAGCAUUGCUGAAGAGGGCAAGAUGCUAUGAGGCCUUGAAUAAGUUAGAUUUGGCAUUAAAAGAUGUUUGUAUGGUUUCGAAAUUGGAUCCAAAGAACCCCAUGGCAUCCGAGAUUACCGAGAAGCUUAAGAAAACUUUAGAGAGCAAAGGGUUAAGAGUGAAAGAUUCAGUGAUAGAGCUGCCUCCAGAUUACGUUGAACCUGUUGAGGUUUCCCCUGCACUGUGGGCUGAAGAAGGCAAGGCACAAGCGAAGAAAAAGAAAAGGAGCAAUCAAGUGCAAGAGAAGGGUGAUGGUGAUAAUGCAGAGACAGAGAAGAAGAAGAAUAGCAAUCUUGCAGCUGAAAAAGGAAAGGAAAAGACUAUCGAUAAGCAGAGCAAAAAGAAAGUGAAAGGGAAACAACAGUCGGAUAAGAGAAGUGUUACGAGCAAGGAACAGGAGAAAGUGAUAAUUGAGGAUAAAAGUAUCGGAGAUGUAAAGAAAGCUGUGAAAUUUGUGUAUUCUGACGACAUUAGAUUGGCUGAAUUGCCUCUAAAUUGCACUCUCUUUCAGCUUAGGGAAGUUGUUCAUGAGCGUUUCCCGAGCUUAAGGGCAGUUCAUAUAAAGUACAAGGACCAAGAAGGAGAUUUAGUGACAAUCACAACAGAUGAAGAGCUAAGAAUGAGUGAGGUGUCAGCAAGGCCACUGGACACUAUGAGUAUGAGGUUCUAUGUAGUGGAAGUUAGUCCUGAGCAGGAUCCCUUUUUUGGAAGACUAGUUGAGAUGAAAAAGCUCAAGAUAACCGCUGAUUCUUUUAAAGCAAAGGUAAAUGGACGAGGUACGUGUAAAAUUGAAGACUGGAUGAUUGAAUUUGCUCGGUUAUUCAAAAUUCAGGCUAAAGUUGAGUCUGAUAAAUGCCUGAAUCUUCAAGAACUUGGUAUGAAACUGAAUUCAGAAGCUAUGGAAGAGGUGGUAACCUCUGAUGAAGCUCAAGGGCAUUUUGACAGAGCAGCUCAGCAAUUCCAAGAAGUAGCAGCACGAUCAUUGUUAAAGUUAGGAAAUGUGCACAUGUCAGGAGCAAGGAAAAGGUUGAGCCUCCUACGAGGUGUUUCGGGAGAAUCCAUUCUUGAACAGGUUAAAACUGCUUAUGAAUGCGCUCAAAAGGAGCACGCAAAAGCAAAAGAAAAGUACGAAGAGGCCAUGAAAAUAAAACCGGAUUUGUUUGAAGUCUCUCUGGCGCUAGGUCUCCAGCAGUUUGAGGAAGCAAGACUCUCAUGGUAUUAUGUACUUGUCGGUCACAUUGAUUUGAAAACAUGGCCAUAUACAGCUGUAGUACAGCUCUAUCAAAGCGCCGAAAGCAAUAUCAAAAAGUCAAUGGGGCUGAAAAAUCUGGAAUCGAAAGUACAUGGUAGCUCAACUCAAGACAACCCAGCAGAUGAAGCAAAGUUAAAGUCUUGGCUAGAUGUUUUAUUAUGUGCUGUACUUUAUGAGCGAUCAAUCAUGGAGUUCAAACUUGACCUACCAACAUGGCAGGGGAAUUUGGAUGCUGCAAUGGAGAUAUUUGAGUUAACUGGAGCUUGUGAGGAUGUUGCUGCGGUGAUAAGUGAUGAUUUGGUGGCAGACAAUACUUUACGAGAUCUAAGGUUUCACAUGGAAGAGAUAAUACAGAUAUUUGAUGAGAUAAACGAAGCAAAACGAUGGCGAAAUGUGAUCCCGUCAGACCAGCUUGAGAAGAUAUUAAAGAGGAGGACUGGGAAUAUUUUUCAUGUGUCAAAUACAGGAAUCUAAUGUGGUUAAAGGGAUUUUCCAUGAUAAAGUGGCACACAAAGACUUUGGUCAUUAUCUUGAUCAAGCUUCAUUUCAAGGUUUUGGUUUGUGGUACAGGAGGAUUUCAGAUUCAGAUUUUUGUAGUCAGAAAGAAACAUAUAUACACAUAUAUGUGCUAUUUUGUUUGUGUAACAUUCAUACAAUUGAUUUGGCGAGUAGUGAAGCAAAUAUCUUGCAGUUUCUGUCA